CAACAACUCUACAUCAAACAAACAAUGAGAAGUUCAAUAGUAUUAAUCGUUGUAUUGGUAGUUAUUCCAUGUUCUUUGGCUGCCAACUACAGUCCAUUGGCAACACAGACACCGGUGCCAACCCCUCCUCCAUGUCCUUGCUCAGACGCCUCACUUUGUGAACCACUCACAACUGGACCACGACCAGAGUUUGUCGGAUUCUCAGUCAGUGCUGAGAACUGGGACAACUACAACAUGUCCAGUUUGACAACCAUUAUGAAGUUUGGCCCGGAUCCAAGUCCUUUGCUGAUCUGCCAGGCACAUGCCGAAGGUGUAAGAGUGACUCGCGCUGUCGACUACGACUUCACCCAGAUUGCCAAUCAGACGUACAAGGAGGAGUGGAUCACAGACACAGUGGUUCGUGUGCUGGAUGGCUUCUACGACGGCAUCAACUUGGACUUUGAGUACGAGAUCCCCACGAGCGAGCCAUUCGACGCCGCCCUGCUCACGGCCUUGGUCACAGACGUUACUCUGGCGCUCAAGUCUGUCAACCCAGGCUACCAGAUCUCGAUGGACAUCCCCGCCGCACCAUGCUACUACGACCGCUGCUACGACUACGUGGGCCUGGGCGAGGCAGUUGACCUGUUGGUUGUCAUGGACUACGAUAUGAAUGGCGGCAGUUUGGCUGGCGCCAACUCCGCCCUGCCAGCUAUCAUCACUGGAACCACACGCUACAUCAACCUCGGAGUGCCCUCAGCGAGGAUCGUAAUGGCCUUCCCCUGGUACGGCUACAACUACCAGUGCACUGGCAACAUGACAUUGGACACACGCGACUGCCAGCCAGGCAGCGACGUCUACGAUGUUCACUACGAUGCAAUCAUGGCACUGCUCAACUCGACCACCAACAGUGGCGUGCAGUGGGACACCCCAACCGAGUCGCCCUACUUCAACUAUGAGGACGGUGAGCAGGUCCGCCAGGUAUGGUUCGACAAUCCCAAGUCCAUCUACGCCAAGGCGCAAGAAGCCAAAACCCUUGAGGUUGGUGGCGUUGGCAUCUGGUACCUUGACUGUCUAAACAUAACCACUCAAGCACCAAUGUGGCAAGCAAUCGAGUCAUUCUUU